AUGCGGCUGCCGCAGCCCUCAGCUGGCCCCACGCCGAUCGGCCCACAGCGCCAGCGCCGCCUUGGAGAGCACCUCGACCAUUCGCUGCGGGAGGCUAUUUUCAGAUCUGUGUUUCGUUAUGACCAAGUCGCCAAAGUCAGAUCAUUUCAUCGUUUAGAAAUCUGUGCAGUAAGCAUCUCCUGGCGGGGCUGUGUUUUGAGGGAAAUGUGGCUGAAAAGCAAAUCCUCCCUGAACAGAGAAAGGAAAAAACCGGUCCGGACUCUGGUCCACCAAGCCACCAGCCUUCUCCACAGCGUCUAUUGUGGAGGGUGGUGGGACCGCUGA